UUCCGGUAGUCUCACGCCUUGCGCGGUAAGAUGGCGGCGCAGUUAACGGACGCGGAAUUGUGUUCGGAACUGAGAAGACUUGGUGUGGUGCCGGGCCCGGUCACCGAGAACACCCGUCCCGUCUACAUAAAGAAGCUCAAGAAGCUGCGCGAGGAGCGUGGCGCUCGGCCCAAAACCAGGAACGGCGGCGGGGCAGGCCAGGGCUCGGGCCUCAGCGGAUCCAGCGCCAGCGUCACUGCUCCCCCCGUAUCCCCGAGCAAGCUGCUGGGCUUCAGCUCGGACGAGUCGGACGCCGAAGCCAACGGGCGGAGCGAGGCAGGCCGGCGGGCGGGCAGAAUGGAGAGAGCUUCUGGCGACUACCCCCGUCCGCGGCCUAGUAACAGCCGAGCGAGGAGCACACCGCAGAGAAUGGUGAGCAGCAACAAUAACGGCGACGCGGGGGCCUCGGCCGGCAGAAACAACUCCACCCCCUGGUGGAGGCCGAGUCCGAGCCGAGGCUCCCAGCAGGAGCCAGAGGAAGAGGAACAGCCACCGGGAAACGAGCUGCAUGCUAACAACAACGGCAGUGGCAGCACCGGCAGGGUCUCCUACAUUAGGGACGGCAAUUACUCCGACUCCGAGGAUGAACGAGCGGAGCGGGGCCGGAGGACGAACUCCAGACGGAGCCAGUCUAAGAAGUUGCUGGCCAUGUCAGGCACGGUUAAUAGCAGUGAUUCGGCGGAGGAAAGCGGCGCUGGGAGGAGAGGCGGCGCCAGGCGGAUCUACGACGUCGCCGACAGUUCUGGCUGUCUAGACACAAGAAGCCAACUGGAGGUGGAGGAUCAGAGGCAGGAAGACGCCAAAGAAGAGCCCACCAUGUUAUUGCGGUUCCGUAGUUCCACUUCCAACAAGACUAGCCCUGGAAUAUUGGCAGCAGAGAGGGACAGUCUUUAUAACAGCACCAGAAAUGACAAUCACAUCGGUCCGACUAGUCCAUCCAUCCACAACAGUAAUGUUCUCACCAGUAAAAGCGGUUCCUCGCCCUCUCUUCUACUCGAUGCCAAUCACUCAAACCACACAGGCAUUAACCAAACCUACAGUGCUUAUAAUCGUAAAAGCCCUAGAGAACCUGAGGAGGAACUGUUACAGCAAUUUAAACGGGAGGGCGGUUCGGCGAACGGUGGAUUCAGUGCACACUACCUAUCCAUGUUUCUUUUGACUGCUGCUUGUCUUUUUUUCCUUGUUUUGGGACUUACAUAUAUAAGAAUGAGGGGCUCAGGAGGACCAGAGGAAGUCAAACAGACAUUUGAAAAGGAUGAUGGGGUUAAAGAAAGGAUAAUUUUGAUCAUUCUUCAUCGAUUGCAUAGUCAUCUUGCAAAAAUAGCAGGAGAAUAUGAUUGUGGCGACCAUGUUCAUUAUAAAAACAGAAGUCUAUCUGUCCAAGGUGCUGCUGAAUAUGUAACUGAUCUUGAUCCCAAUUAUGAAGAUAAAUUUAAUGGUUCACUCAAGUGGAUUUUACAAAGUACUGAUGACUUGGGCAUAAAGUUACUUGGCAAUGACUCAGAAGUAGCGGUAAAUGAUGUGAGUGAAGUACUGUACCUGGAAUCUACCCAUCCACAGAUGUCUUUCAUUUGCCGUUUCCGCCGUGCAUUCUUAACAGUACUUCACAGAAUGUUUAUCUUCCUUGUUGGUGUUGGAAUUGUUUGGGGAGUGCUUCUUUACAUGAAAUAUCGUUGGAGAAAGGAAGAAUCAGAGACCAAACAGAUGUAUGACAUGGUGGAAAGAAUCAUAGAUGUUUUAAAAAGCCAUAAUGAAGCCUGCCAAGAAAAUAAGGAUUUGCAGCCCUAUUUACCUAUUCCCCAUGUACGUGAUUCUUUAAUACCACCUCAGAAUAGGAAAAAAAUGAAGAAGGCAUGGGAAAGAGCUGUGGAUUUUGUAGAAACCAAUGAAUCCCGUAUUCGUAAAGAAACUCAAAGAAUAGGAGGAGGAGAUAUCUUAGUAUGGAGGUGGAUGCAGCCGCCUUCGACUUGCGAUAAGAUUACAGUUGUGCCCUCAAAAGUAUGGCAAGGAAAAGCUUUCCACCUCGAUGGUAGAAAUUCACCACCUAAUAGUUUGACACCCUGUUUAAAGAUCCGCAACAUGUUUGACCCAGUCAUGGAGAUUGGGGAUGACUGGCAUGUUGCAAUUCAAGAAGCAAUUCUAGAAAAAUGCAGUGACAAUGAAGGAAUUGUUCAUAUUGCAGUAGAUAAAAACUCACGUGAGGGUUGUGUCUAUGUAAAGUGUCUCUCUCCAGAAUAUGCUGGCAAGGCUUUUAAAGCACUGCAUGGUUCAUGGUUUGAUGGAAAGCUAGUGACUGUAAAAUACCUGAGACUAGAUCGCUACCAUUAUCGUUUCCCUCAGGCUGUCCAUUGCAACACUCCCUUGAAACCAUCAAAUAGGUACAUGAAUUCAAUGUCACAUCUGCGUCUUCUAACCAACACAGCAAACUCCCAAGGAGCCUCAUGAGACCUCUGCUACUCCUGCCAGUACUGCUAUACUGCAGCAGGAGAAGUCCUGCUUGAAUGCUCUGUCUUCCUUUUUAUUGCUUUUAUAUGUACACUUUUUGUAUGAUAAGGACUGCAUCUUUUGUGUAAGAUGCCAGGAAGCUGAAGAAAAUUUCCAAAGGAGCUAUCUGUAGCAUUGGUGUAUUGGGAUUCUAAAAUAGUCGUGUAGAAGUAAAAAUGAGGCAUGACUUCCAUGCAGUUGUUAAUUCGUGGAUAGGACAUGAACUGUUUUGUUUACUGAAAGUUAAGAAUGAUAUUUUUAGGUACAUUAGACAUUAAUCAUGUAGAUUAAGUCCAAAUAGUAUUUGACAAUGGCUACAUGAAAGGGCACCAACAGGUUUAACUUGACUGCUCAAAACCCUUCCAUUUGCAGAGUCGUGAUUUGCAGUGGGUCAGAAGUAAAUCUAUACAAGUAGUUUGGCACAGGACAGGGCAACCAGCUAAAAGCUACAGAUAGCAUAGUAGGAAGACUAGCUGAGUACUAAUAGUACACAAAAUAGACAAGUGCAUUUCAACAGUCUUGAAUAAAUUUGAACACUACUCAGAACAACUUUAUAAUGUAGCUGUCUGCUUACCAAUAAGAUCUGAUUUUAUUUUGUGCACUAGGCAUGUCUGGAUUAAAAUGGUACCAUCUACAGAAAAGAGAAAACCAGCAGUAUUGUGUAAUGCACCAAAAUUUACAAAAUGAUCAAGUGCAGAUAGUUACAAAAUGCAAUUAAAGCUGCUUAUGUAUUUUAAUUAGCAACUUUAUCUUUCCCUCAGUACAUAAAUAAAAGCAACCUAUUUGACAGAA